ACAUGAUCUUGUAGUAUUACAUAACAUCAAAGGUUAUUGAAUUGAUACACUAUUUACCAUUGUUAAUGAAGAAAUAAUUCUUAAAAGCCUGCUAAGUAUUUAGUUUUUACCUUUCAUGAUAGGUAAACCAUAGCUGUUCUAGGUUAAGAUACUACAUGUACCUCAAGAACCAUCUUUAUAUCUAAAAUAUAAGAAAUUGGCCCAUUCUUUUGUGGGUUUUUUUCCUUACAAAUUAUUGGCAAUGGGUCAUACAUGGACAUUGAUCUCAAGAGCAGUGUGACCCAUUAGUCACAUGUAAGUCUCUUUUGCAAAGAAAUUUAUUAGAUUCUACAUAUGAUUGUCUUUAUUUCUGUACUUUGCCAUAUUCUAUUAUAUAUCACUGUUGCAAUGAGCAAUGAGUAUAGGGGUAAAAAUUUCUAUGCUCAAUGCAGAAAAAGUUUUUUGUUGACAAUCAAUGAUGAUCACAAGCAAUUAGUUUGUUUUUGCUAAUUGGAUUUACGGAUAAUUUGUCCAUAUAUGUUCAUACUAGAUAGAGUAUGCUUUAAUUGGAAUGCAUUGAUUAGCUUCAUGUAGAUCCUACAUGUAUAUUGUGAAAGUAUUUAAUUGUGAUUUUCCUGAUACAGUCAUUGUGCACAAUUGCUUUUUGAUAACCCCAAUAACAACAAAAAACACAGACUUAACUGUACAAGCAUGAAAAUGAUUUAAAUAGAAUAUUCAAUACAAUAUUCAUCACUGCAAAAUGAAUAAGAAAACUAUUACUUAAUUUCUUUUAUAGUCAUGUUUUAAUCUGUGGAAAUUGUUAUAGGGAAACAUUUAUAACAAAUCAAAUUCAUUGUAAAUCAGGAAGUAUAAAUGUCUACAUGUCUAUGAUAAUUUAAGAGACCUAUACAAUGAGUGAUGUGCAUAUAUGAUUCGGAUGAAGACUUUGUGUUAUAUUGUUAACAUCACACGACGUAAUCAUUUUACCCCCCCGAGGGGAUCUGCAAACAGACAGGCUUUAUCUAUGAUUGUGUAUUUACUAGUCCAUUGUGUGUGUCCAGGCGGAUGAUACCUUACGCAUGUCAUUGUUUUUCUUUCACAUGUAGAAAAUCAGUCCGGCAUGAGUAAUGGACUUGGGACGAACCUUGGAGGAAUGGCUGAGCAACUUGGAUCUGGGACAAUACCUGUCCAAUUUCCAGGCAGCGGGAAUCACCGAAAUCUCCCACCUGUUUUCCUUAGAUGAUGGAUUUUUGACAGAUAUCGGGGUUACUCCUGUGGGUCAUCGAAAGAGAGUCCUAGAUCAUCUGCCAACAACCUCAGGAGGAUCAGCCAGUGAGGAAGAUUAUGUGAACUGUCCCUCGCCCCAAGGCUUAGGCCCAGAAGUGGACGACAUUUACGCUAAUGUUCCACUGGAUGUCCAAGAGAGAGGUCCAUCAUUUCCCACAACACACGAGCCAAAGCCGAGUUUAUCUAUAUCGGGGAAUAAAAAGAAACCUGUUCCAAGACCGAGGAAGUCAAGGACAACCCAAAGCAGCGCAGAGGAUAGACAGCACAGCCCUAGUGUUACACCUGAUGAUAGCUUUCCUCCAAGUUACGAUACUGUGUUAAGCAUCGGUCAUACUUCUGUGUCCAUAGAGGGUUAUACCAACUCAGAGUCUUCUACAGAUGAUGUUGUACAAACAGGCCAUCUUCCCGGUGCUUGGAAACCUGUGUCGGAACCCUCUCAUGAUGUGCAGCAUAACUUCAGUGACAAUUUUGCUGACUUUGAUGUAGCAGAAGAACAAAAAGUUGAAGGUGCGGUUGCUCAGAACAAUUUGUUCCCAUUGAAUCAGAAAACUAGCAACCAGCAACCGACAGUAUCAUCCACUCCUUUGGACUUAGCAGACUUGGCUAAGUUUGAAAAUGCAGAAAACAGAAAUUCAGACACAUAUGAACCAAUAUGGACAUCCAAGGCAGAACAGACCAGUAAGACUGUGCAAGGUUUGUCCUCCCCUUUGUUACACACACCCCCUGUGUCUACCCCAGAGGCUCCAGCCCCAUGUAGGACACACUUCCCAUUCGAAGGCAAUGUUAAUGAUAGCUUUGGUAGUACUAGCACCUGUCCAUAUGACAGUCCUCUUAGAAGAGAUAUCGUAGUGGAUGAAGAUGAUGCCAUCUAUUACAAUACUGACUCUCAUAGGGAGAAGGAGCCUGAGAUACAAGUGCCUACCAGAAAGGUUACACCUUCCAGUGAAAUUAAAGACUCGGAUGGUUCAAAGGAGCACAAUGAGUCGGGUGAGAGUGACGGAUUGAAUUCUUCCUUUGACAUGCCUCCACCUGAGUUUGCACCACCACCACUGCCUAAUGGAUCCACCCACAGUGUCCCCCUUGGACUGUCUGAGUUUGAUCCUCUUAAUGUUCCUGUCUUACCCCCUGUACCACCUCGCAUUAAUCCUGACUCUGCUGUCGCCUCGCAUGGAUAUAUUAACAUUGAUUCAAAGACUGAAAAAUCUGCUUCAAGUCCUUCAUCAGCAGAUCGUGACAUAUACUCUUUAGCCAACUUUUCCAAUUUGCAAGUGACCAGCACACCAAAGGAUAAAACCAGUGUAAACCACUCGAAGUCUGACCCCUCUGUGUCCCCUAGAAGCCCCCGAAACAGGCACAUGUUCACAUCUCAGCCUUCAAAUAUGUCUCUCUCUUCAGACCCUUUCAGGGGAGACGACCCCUUUGAUGAGUUUCACGGAGAAUGUGCGGAGUUUAAUGACCAGUUUCCCCGACAUGACAGUAGUGCUAACUCCAGAGAGAUGUUUGAUGACUUCCAGUAUUCUGAAGCCACUAACUUGAGUGGUUCUAGUCCUCACCAUGGACAGCCUAAACCUCUACCCCACUGCCACCUGAUGAGCAACUCUUCAGAUCUGUAUUCCAUGGCAUCACCAAUACCAAAUUAUAGUUCGGAGGACAGUUCUGAUGAAAGGUCCAUUGAUUCUAUGGACAAUGGUUCCCUUAAUAACCCCGCCAUGUCUCCCGUGGAAAUAGUUCCCAUAGGACAAGUCACUCCACAAAGAAAAAAUGAAAAGUCAGGGUAUCUUUUUAAACAAGGAGGAGUUAAAGCUAAUAAAGGUUGGAGAAAGCGCUGGGUUGUGUUCACUGGGAACAGUCUUCGUUACUAUGACAGUCGCAAGUCUCAGGUUUCAAAAAGAAUUGUUCCAUUGUCAUGUAUGGAGAAGGUUGAAACACUUGUCAAGGACAGUGACAAGGACAAGUUUAAGUUUAACCUACAUACCACCAACAGGGUGUUCCAGUUCGCUGCUGACUCGCUUCAGGAGUGUACACUAUGGUGCAGUACUCUGAUGGAAUGUAUCCUCAAGUAUAAGGCCCCACCAGGAGGCGAACCUGAGGGGUUGGACAUGAAUGAGCCAGACAAACAGGGUUAUAUCAAAUUUGAGAGGCGUAACAAUUAUUUUGUGGCAGUUAAGCAAGGAAAAAUGUGCUAUUACCAUUCUGAACAGGAUUUCAAACAGGGAUCUCCCAUAAAUGAGAUUGAUAUGAAGCUGGCCAAUGUCAAGGAAAUAGGCAAAGGAAAGUUACAGUUGUCCACACAUUAUUCCCAUUUCUUAUUAAUUCCAGAGAGCUAUAGUGAAUGUGUUCUAUGGAAAAUGGCAUUUGAAGAGUCCAUUGCUGAUGCUUUAGGGGACAACACGAUCCUGGAUCAAGUGAUGGGGAACCCCAGCAACAGAGUGUGUGCAGACUGCUCAGCUGAAGAUCCCCACUGGGCUUCCAUCAAUAUCGGGAUUGUGUUGUGUAAAAAAUGUGCAGAUCUUCACAGUGGAAUGAUUCUGCCAGCUGGUAUCCAUCGGAACUUUGAACACUCCAUAUCAAGAGUCAAGUCCCUUCGGAUGGAUACCAAAAUAUGGACGCCUAGUCUAAUAGAGAUGAUGAAAGCCAUUGGAAAUGGAAACGCUAAUGACUUUUGGCAGCACGAGUUACCUCCCGACAAACGAAUCAACACAGACACAUCAGCUGCCCAAAGAAUGGCCCUGAUAGAAAACAAAUACAAAGCCAAGCUUUACUGUGAUAGAUCUGGCAUAUCAGACAACCAAAAAGUUCUCAAUGAGAAAUUAUUAGAAUUCAGUGUACGUGGAGACCUUCUACAGACAAUGAAAGUUACCUUUUUAGGUGCCAAUAUGUAUUAUACAAAUAGUGAAGGUGAAAAUGCAUAUAGAAUAGCAAAGCGUAUGGGCCAAAGAUUGACCAUGGAAUUUCUUUUCCAAAAUGGAGGAGAACGAUCUUCCAGCUCUUUUAAUGAUUCAGAUGAGGGUCAGGUCAGCAGACUAAGGGCCGAGGUCUGUCUAGAUGGUUAUUUACAAAAGACAGGGAGCAAUAAAAAAGAUUUCCGCAAGAGAUGGUGUGUGAUAGAGCAUGGAUGUCUGCGGUAUUUUUUGAGUCAAACUGAGAGUUCAGGAGCCAAAGACAGUGUGGACAAUGAUAUCAUGAUGUGUGUCCAGGCAGUUUCCACCUAUGACAAGUCCUUGUCUAAUGUGAGAAACUUGAAUAAAAGAUACCCAGAGGCAUUUGAACUUAGCACCUGUAAAAAGGACAAUCGGGAGUAUCUGUUUGCCGCCUCUACCCCUCAGGAACGGAAGAGCUGGAUGGUGGCCCUGGCUAAAUUAUUCUGUCCAGUUUCACUUAUGGCGGAUAUUGGUCAAUGUGAAUUCAACUUAGCAGGAAAUUUCUACAUAAAGGAUGUUUUAUCUUCGUGGGAAAAAACUUGGUUGAUGAUCAACAACAGAAUACUGGAAUACUUUGAUAAAAACAAACAAGAAUUUUGUAAAGUAGAUCUCAGGAAAGCCUUGAAUAUCAAAUACAGUGAAUCCACACUUGCCUGCACAACAUGUCUGGAAGUGGGCAAAUGUUUGGCUCUGGAUGUCUAUGGAAAGUCUCUCUAUAUCCAAGCUGAUCUCGCCCGGGACACAGAAAGGUUACUAAAUGUGUGCAGUAAAGCUAUGAAAACUGGAGGUGAUACUUUGGAGGACCAAAAUCUCUCCCCCUCAAAUGUUCCAGUCAUUAUUGAAAAGUGUGUCUGCUUCAUAGAGGAUUAUGGUAUACAAGAAGAAGGAAUAUACCGACUGUCCGGUGUCAAAUCAAAGGUUCAGGCUCUGCUGGACAGGUUUAUGGCUGAUGCCCACUCGGUUGUGCUACAGCAGGGGGUGAACCAGGUCCACGAGGUGGCGGCCUGUCUGAAGCUGUUCUUCCGCAGUCUCAAGGACCCGCUCCUGAUGAGCACCAAGCAUCAGCUGUGGAUAGACAAUGCUGACGAUAUUAUGUAUGGUCGCAUGGACCCCCAGGUGAAGUUGGAGUGGUACCAGUUCCUGAUCCGAGAGCUUCCUCCCGUCAAUUACAGCACACUCAAAAGACUCAUUCACCACUUCAACAGACUUGCAAGAUACUCGGCUCAGAAUAAGAUGACAGAGAAGAACAUUGCUAUUGCCUUUGGUCCAACACUAAUGCAAACAGAAUCAGAGUCAGAAGUUAACAGUAUUCAUGUGCAGCUACAGAUGGUUGUCAUAGGAGAUAUCAUGAAGCACCACCAGAAACUGUUCAAGCUUGGGGAGGAUGAGAAGUUGAUGCAGGAGAAGGUUGAUGAAGGGAAGAAGAUUCUGGACGGGAUCAUCACCACCAAGGAGAAUGUGGACGUAAAUGAUUCCCUAAAGAUUAGUGUUUUCUUCCUGAGUCGCAGUGGAAACUGUUACAAUCCAGAGGUCAACAUUCACACCACUGUAAAACAGGUGAUUGACCAGUUGAAGUACAGAUUUAAUGCGACCCAUGAAGAAUAUUCCUUACAUGAGGUCUUGUGUGAUGGAGCUCUAGAGCGACCUCUCCAUGACACGGACCAUCCCCACGCGGUGGUGAAGGCGUGGUGGGACUGGCCCGACUGUUAUAGGAAACAGGCCUGUCUCUGUCUAAAGCCCACCCCUGAUCUCAUGCUCAAAUUGUCCAACAUGUAUGACCCAAGCCGGGCCCUAUUCUCAGAGAUCCGGUUGAUAGAGAAGAAACAGACGGGGUUAUUAAUCAGUAAAUCCAACAAAUAUGCCUUCCAGUUCCAGCAGUCCAGACUGUCCUACUUCAAGGAUGCCAAAUCUGCAGGAGGUUCCCCUAUCGGGUCGUGGAAUAUCGAGGAUUUAGUCAUUUAUUAUGGAAUGGAUCCAAUAAUCAGAAAGGGAGACAAGUAUGGAGUCACAUUCCUUAAAGUUGGUGAGACACCAGGAUCAAAGGAGACCCCGAUAUUUGGACAUACCCUGUGUUUCUCAUCGGAAAAUGACUCGCUGAGUUGGAUGGCUGGGUUGCUUGCUGCACAGCAUCCAGAGGGUCUGUUACCUUGACGAUGACUCGUGACUAUAGACUAAUUCUACAUAUCGAAGCAUUUCACAAAAGCUUAAACACUACACAAUGAUUUGUCUAAGUGAUCGAGUGUGCUUGUGUUAACAAGAGAGAGUAGUCUAGAAUAUCAUUCUGAAAUGGGAAUACUCCCUGUCAGAGCCCCAUGCUUUAAUAUGCUGUGGAACUACAGGUAGUGCUACAGGCAUAUUUUACUCCAUGAAUAAUUGCAGACAUCACGAAGUGUGUUCAGUCAUCUGUCUGGCUAGAUGCAAUAAGCUACAUUACAAUGGGUUGUACGUUAUUUUGUUUUUAUCCUGCUUGAUGGAGUCUACUGUGACAACUAGUUGUUGACUUGGAAUCCAAAGCAGUGGUGCCGCUAUGUAUUGUAUUCUUCUUUAAAGGGGUUCCACAAUACUUAAAUUGUUAAAUAUCUUCUUACUUUUUACAAUGCUACAUUGAGAUGUAGAUAUAAACUUUAAAACUAUCUUAAUGCAACCGAAUAUUCCAGCAUUUUUGCUGUAGAACAUUUAUUUUGCUUUAAUAGUUUGCUUUAACUAUUUGUACUUAUUACUAAUUAAAAAACAAUUAAUAAUUGGAUAGGGAUAAUAAUAGUAGUAGAAAAAUAGCUUAAUAUUUGUACAUGUACCGGUACAUGCUCCUGCUAUACAAAGAAUUUUCUGUGUUCAAGAUUAUAUAUUUUUUUGAAAAGGACAAAAUAUAUCAAUAUUUACCACGGUAUAAGAAAUCCUUAAAUAUAUAUGAAAUUAUAUGUUAAAUUAAUGCAGUGUCUUUACAUUUAUAGUGUAAAUAUUGUAUAGAUAUUGUAACUAUAUUCUAUUGUAAAUAUGAAUGUACUUAAAUGAGUUAAACGAAUACUACUGUUCUUGAUAUUUUUUUAUUUAUUUUUUUCUUUUCCAAAAUAAUUUUUACAAUUUAAGAUAUUAUUUUUGUACUUGAAAAGCUGUGACAAAAGUUUAUAUACAUGUACAUUUACAGAACUAUUUGGUUAAUUAAUUAAUUGAGUGUUAAUCACAGAAGGAGAUUACGUGUACUGUAUAUUGUUUACAUGUACUAAUGCAUGAAAAUGCACUUAUUUAAAAUAAUAAUCAUUUUAUUUUGUUCUAAUUUUUGAGGAUUUUGCUGUAGAUAAGAAGUUAUUUUUGAGUUGUUUUAAUGUUGAUGUGUGUAACACGGUGUAUGUAUAUUUUUUUUUGUACAUUGUUCAAGUUGUACAAAGUAUUGUGCUUUAUUUGCCAAACACAUGUUACUAUUGUUUUAGUUUGUUGAAAGUUUAUAUCAGUUUUUGUAGAAGUGCAAUACACAGAGGUUAUCUGGAAUGAAUAAAAAUUGUUUGAUAUUGAUGUACAGUAUAUUAAUGUGCAUUUAUCAUUUCUUUAACUUGAAUAACUUUUAAUAUUUCUUUUAAUUGUUGUAAGUACAUUUAAGUUCUGAACUUAAUGGACAAGUCUUGUUAUGCAAAAAGUAUAUCUCUGUACACUCUAGAAGAUAAAUAAGAUAUAUGACGCUAAUUAUUUUUUCCAUUUCUUUGAAGUGCUUGGUACUGUAGUUAAAACAAUAUUGAUACACCACAUAGUACACUAGCUUACUAGCAAAUUUUGACACCAAUCACUCAUAAUUAUUUCAUAGGUUAGGGAUGUGUGUCAUUUCCAUUUAUCAGUGUCUAAGAUUUAUACAAAACCUGUUUUUAACUCUUUGUAAUGUGGUUUGGGUACAAAGAUGAUUUUUGUGCAAGAUCAGCGAGUUAGGUUCUAUAAAUAGCUUUAUAUAAUUAUGUGUGAAUUUUGCAAUGAUUUAGGUAUGUCUGUUAAUUUUGCUUAUGGAUAUUAUAUUGCCUGGUUACUUGUAAAAUUUAUUUUUUAUUACCGGUACAAUUAUCACCAAAUAACAUCCACAAAAUAGGUGAAAAUAUCGUUAUAGGUGAUACUAGCUUCCUAUUCAAUCUCAUUCCAAAAAAAAAUAAACAAGAGAAACAUGCAGAAAAUAAACCCUUUCUCUCUUCUAUAACAAUGACAAUCAUUUAGAAUAAGUUACAACCACUGUUUUCUGUGGUUUUUAUUUUAACCUCUACAUAUCGAAUUCCCAGAUAUCUUGAGUUCUUAUAUGGAUCCAAAUGAGUUUGAGAUAACAAAGUUUGACUAUAUCUCUAUUUUUGGGAGGAAUUUUAUUUUUAAGAUUAUACAUCAUAAUAUCAACAUUAAUUAUCUAUAUCUACAUACACUGGUUUAGCAAUCAAAUGAAGUGCUUUGUUUAAAACAUUUCCUGUAAAAAUUUCCUGGAUAUAGGUGGACCUUCCAAUUAGCAAUUGACAAAUAUGAUGUUAGCACUGUACAAUAACAUUAUGAGUUUAAUUUGGUUGUAAAAUGUCUGUUAAUUUACUUGCUCUUUAUUAUGACUUUAAACAACAAUGGAGUUCUGCUUUACUGCAAUGUAUUUUAUCAGCUAGGAUAUUGGUGUGGAUAGAUAUACAUGCUCCAAGGGCUGUUCGUGUUUUUAAAUAAUAAUUGCUGCAGCAAUAAAAAAUGUUGUCAAACUGUU